GAGUGAGAGCAAGAGAGCAAGCACACGUGAAGAGCCCCAAGGGUGUUGUGCUUUGGGUUCUCGACUGCUGCAUGCGCCAUGGCAAAUGAAGCUUGCUCCUUGGCCUUUUUCAGGGCUGUUGCUGCAGAGUUUUUGGCCACCAUGAUAUUUGUCCUGGUAGGCAUAGGUUCUGCCUUAAACUGGCCCUCGGCACUCCCAGGAGUCUUGCAAAUUUCACUGGCAUUUGGUUUGACUAUAGCCACUCUGGUCCAGUCUGUGGGCCAUGUCAGUGGGGCCCACAUCAACCCAGCAGUGACAGUGGCCCUUCUGGUGGCGCAAAAGAUUUCAGUGCUGCGAGCUGUGGCUUAUAUUAUAGCCCAGUUGGUAGGAGCAAUAGCUGGAGCAGGCGUGAUACACCAGAUCACCCCUGCAGCAAUCCGAGAAGGCCUGGCUGUCAAUGUGCUACAAAACAACACACCAUCCGGGCAGGCAGUGGCAGUGGAAUUGAUUCUGACCUUUCUGCUGGCGCUGUGCGUCUUUGCCUCAACUGACAGUCGCAGAACUGACAACGUGGGCUCCCCAGCAUUAUCUAUUGGACUGGCAGUCACAACUGGCCAUCUCCUAGGGAUCUAUUUCACAGGCUGCUCUAUGAACCCUGCACGGUCCUUUGGUCCUGCCGUCAUAACGGGAAACUACCAGGAUCAUUGGGUCUUCUGGGUGGGACCUCUGGCUGGUGGCAUCAUAGCAUCCCUGAUCUAUAACUUCAUCCUUGCUCCUGAUACACGAGGUCUUUCUGAACGGAUUGAAGUCCUAAAAGGCACCUACCAACCUGAAGAAGAUUGGAUGGAGAACAAUGAUCAGAAGUACUCAACGGAACUGGUGGAGAAGUUCUAAUGUAUCACUGGGCAUGACAGCCCUCCAGACUAAUUGAAGACAAAAUGGAAAUCCCAUUCAUGAAUUUUCCACUCUCUGCCCUUAGGGGCAUGCUUGUCAGCUGUCGACCCCAUACCCUUCUUCCUCAAGAUCCCCAGUAAGAUAGUACGUUGGCAUGAAGUCCUGAAUUCAGCUAGCUUGAUAUCAGGUACCCCAAGGGAAGAAAAAGAAUACCCUAUAAUCUAUGUCUAGCACAGAUGGGCAGAAAGGGUGUGGAUUGUUGCUGAGUAACCUGGGUGUCUAUGAUUAGCUGCCCAAGGCUGGUGAUGGGUAGUCCAUACACAAGGACCUUGUCCACAUCUCUUUAUUUAUUGAGUGGGAACUGAUGUUCAGAACAUGUGAACUUGUGAUAUUUGGAAAGACAUUCAGAGAUCCUCCAAGGACGAGCUGUUUCUCAUUUAGUCCGCCUUGCUUGAUGGUCUUCCUCCCUCUUCCAUCUCAGUGUCAUCACAGCCUCUUAUUCUCUUUCCUUCCCUCCUUCUUGUCCUUCCUUAAGGUCCACUUACUCAGCUUGGACUGGUUGUCAGUGGAUUCCCCCAUUGCCUUGACUGGUUUGACCAUUGCACAUCUUUUCUUCGUGGUUCUGUUGUCCAGUUAAUAUGUAUUGUAAGCCCUUUUGUGCAAAGACCCUGUCACUUCUUCUGUACAGUGCAUAGCAUGCUGCCAGAGCUGAAUAAUGUUAAAUAAAUAAAUACAAAUAACAA